UAGAAGCCCAUCGGCCCAAGCCCUCACAAUGCACCCACCUCGAGCUGGGGGGAGGUCCGGGGGUUGCCAGGAGGGCACGAGGGCAGGGUGGUUGCCUCUCCCUAUCAAUCCCAUUCAAGACUGACUGCCGCCUUCCCGUCUGUCCGACUUCAACGUUGACGCCGUUGACCAUCGUGAGCAAGGCAAAAGGCAGCAGCACAUGACAUGGGUGGAUGCCCGUGAGCGCAUCCAUGGCCCAGUGCUGUGACGUGCUUGACUGCUACCGCACCCGAGACAACACCACCGCCGACAUCGACGCCCUCAAGCCCCGAGGAAAAGGGCCCUCGCCCAUGAUCAAGAGGGUGCGGUUCAACGUCCAUGCUUGGAGGCCGGACCCAGCACCUGCCAAUAUGGCACAGGUCGAUUCGGGCCUCAAUUAUUUCAUAUGCACCCUGGGCGAGGCCGCCGCGUGGAACGUUCAUCACCCACACCCCUUUCACACCGUCAACCACCUUAUCGACGAGCAGGCCGAGGAUCUGAGACAGCGACCUGCCGUCAACUUCCCAGGCGGCUGCUUUGCCGAGGACGGGAGGGAGAUCAAGUCGGAUUUCACCUAUCGUGAGCUGAGGACAUACUCCCUGGCCACAGCAGCACGUCUGCGCCGGAGACUUCAGGUCUCGGAUCGGAAUGCCUCAGGCACGGUUGGCCUGCUCUGCUCGAGCACUCCCGAGUUCAUCCUGACGUGGCUGGGCCUCCUGCGACUGGGCAUCUCCGUCAUGGUCCUGGCUCCCCAGCUAGAACGCUCGGCUAUAAAGCACCUAUGUUCAACAUGUAAUGCCUCGGUCAUCUUUGCCGACGCCAGAAACUACGACAGGGUCAAGCGCUUGAGAGACGGUAGUCUUGCCAUCAAUAUCAGCAACAUACUCUACAACCUCAAGCCUGAGAAGAUACCUACAAAUGUAGUCUCACCUGCCAAGCCCAACGACAUAGCCUACCUGUUCCACACCUCAGGCACCUCUUCCGGCCUUCCAAAGCCCAUACCACAGUCUCAUCACGCUGCAGUUGGCGUGCUCCCUCGUCUUCCAGGCGGCGGUAGCGCUGCCACAUUUUCCACAACGCCUUUAUAUCACGGCGGCAUCGCCGACUGCUUCCGGGCAUGGGCAAGCGGAGCUACUAUCCAUCUGUUCCCUGGUACUCAGCCCCUCACAUCCACCAAUGUCCAACGGGCUGUCAAACGAGCCAACAGUUACCUCGCCAAUGCGUGCCCAGUCAAAUAUUUCACCAGUGUUCCAUAUAUCCUCCAGAUGCUCGCAGGCGACCCGGCUGACCCCGAGAAUGAGUCGGGCUUACGGCUUCUGCAAGAAAUGGACCUGGUCGGCGUCGGCGGAGCUGCCCUGCCUGCCUCGUUUGGUGAUUAUCUCGCCUCAAAAAAUGUUAAACUCGUUUCGCGCUUCGGAAGUGCAGAAUGCGGCUUUCUGCUUUCCUCGCACCGGGAUUACAGCGCCGACCGCGGGUGGUCCUACCUUCGCGCGGACCUGGAUCUGCAGCCGGACUACUACGACUUUGAGCCACAACCAGAACAAGAGGGCGAACUGCCUUUGUUUGAGUUUGUCGUCAAGCCAAAGUGGCCACACCGUGGCAAGACAAAUCGUCCUGAUGGUUCCUUUGCCACGUCGGAUUUGUUCGAGCGGCACCCAACGAUUGCGAAUGCGUGGCGCUAUCACAGCCGGGCGGAUGCGCAAAUAACCCUUGUAAACGGUAAGAAGUUUGACCCGUCUCCGGUGGAAGGCGAGCUACUAGCAUCAGACGUGGGAAAGAGGGUUUUGCGCGAUGCCAUGAUUUUUGGAACUGGCCGAGAGAUGCCUGGGGUUCUUCUGUUUCCUAAGAAGGGGACUAAAUCCGACGACGAUGAUCAGAUCGUCGAAGAGUUGUGGCCCACUGUCGAAAGGAUGAACGCGGAAACACAAAACCAUGCACGCCUGGCCAAAAGAAGCAUAGUCGUCGUCAGGUGGAAACACGGCGAGAUACCACAGCUGCCAAAAAGCAGCAAAGGCACUAUCCUGAGAGGACAGGCCGAGAAGAUGUUCGCAAAAGAAAUUGAGCUGGCGGCCGACCAUGUUCCCGAGGCCAAUGGCAGGAGAACAAGGAUACCCGACAGCAAAGUUAUGGAAGAGUUGGGCCUUCUCUUCGACGACAUUGUGGGUAGACACAUCGACCCUGGAGCUGACCUCUUCGCGCAGGGUGUCGACUCCCUCGCCUGUUCACGUCUUCGCAAGUCCAUCUCCAAGGUUUUGUUUCCCGACUCUGAUAUAUCGUUACCAUUGAACGUCAUUUAUGACCAAGGUUCGAUAGAACGCUUAUCAAAAUACAUCCUGCGGUGUCGGGUGUCCGGGGCGGCGAUACCAGAUGGUCUUAAUGAGGAGGACCCAGAUGAGCAGCUCAUGUUGGACCUAGUGGAGCACUAUCGGCGGGAGAUCCAUGCACCCGCGGGCUCGUUUGACCACCAAAGGGACCGCGUUGUUGUUUUGACCGGGGCGACCGGGGCGCUCGGAGCCCAUAUUCUGGAAAUCUUACUUCAGGACCCCAAAGUCUCGCGGGUGUACUGUCUCGUGCGAGCCGGAAGUCCAGAGCAAGCCCAAGCGAGAAUAUUGGAGUCACUUCGGUCUCGCGACCUGCUGUUGCCCUCGAACGAGAUCGGCAACGGCUCGAAACUGAUCUCACUCCCAUGCAGUCUCCAAGACGAUAAGCUAGGGCUCUCGGGCUCUGAAUGGGAAAGGAUAGCCGGCGAGGUGACGCUGAUCAUCCACUCGGCUUGGUCAGUGAACUUCAGCCUCAAGCUCAGAUCCUUCCAGGACCAACUCAGUGGCCUGGUCAACCUCCUCGAGCUACGCAACUCAACGCGCAGGUCCGCGGCACGAUUCGUCUUCAUAUCCUCUACAGCAGCCGUCAUCUCCGGGGCCAAAGGCGACCGCCCGAUUAGCGAGAUGCUGAGCUGCGAGCCAGACGACGCCUCGCCCCUGGGGUACUCGCGGUCAAAGUGGGUGGCAGAGAACAUCCUCGCCUCGGCCAGGGUGAGCGGCAGCUUUGUGACCCCGAUACCAUCGAGCACCUCGGGCCUCCCCUCGCCCGGGAUCGCAGAGGAGAGGACUCCGAUCAUCAUCAUCCGGGUCGGGCAGCUCUGCGGGAACACCCGGACCGGCGCGUGGAACGCGGCCGAGGCGUACCCCAUCAUGCUCUCGUCCGCGCGCGUGUCGGGGUGCCUGCCCGACCUGCCCGGCGAGGCCCUCAGCUGGCUGCCCGUCGACACCGCCGCGCGCUCCGUGCUCGAGAUCGCGACCUCGCCGCCUGAGCCGCCGGAGCCGCCCCGCGCCCCCGGGCAACGCUACUCGCAGACCCGGUCGCAGCACUUGCACAAGACGCCCGUGUACCACGUGCUCAACCCGCACCAGGAGCCGGAGUGGGGCGAGAUGCUGGGUUGGAUCCGCGACGGCGACGGAGGAGGGGGCCAGGAGGAGGGGGCCGGCGCGGUCAGCAUCGUCCCCGCGGCCGAGUGGGUGGAGCGGCUCGAGCGCGCGCUCGAGACGCGGGACCACCCGGCGCGGGCGCUCCUGCACCUGUGGAAGGCGGCGUACGGAGGCAGGCGCGGGAGUCUUGGAGGUGGUGUCGGGGAGGGCUCGGCGGCUGCGACGGCGCGGUUUGAUACGCGGCGGACGGAGAGGGUCUCUGGGACCAUGCGGGAUGUGAGGCCUUUGGGGCGGGAGGACGUGGGGAGGAUGUGGAGGUGGAUUGGGGGGAAUGUUUAGGGGGG